AUGGAGCCCAGAGAAGUUCCAUUGUCACCUAAUAGCGUGUCACUUCUAGUGAUUGCAAACAUUCUCCCGCUAUUCGGUGCUUUUGGUCAAGAUUACACGAAUUAUUUUCUGAGUCGCUCGAUUGACUGGUCGGAUUGGAUUGUGUUUGCCGUUGGGCCCUUGGGUGUGGUCUGGAUUUUGUCAGCUACGAUACGGGCCCUGGGGCCUCCCUUCCUACAAAAUGCCAUUGGAAAGGGAUCUGAGAAUCGUAGCCUUAUUGAAAGAGAUUUGAUGUCCUCAACUUCAGCUGACGUGUGCGAGUUGUGGAAUGGUCACAAUGUUGCAAGGCUUGCAGCCAAAGGGGAAAUUCACGAAUUUCUACGAGUUUUAGACGGAUCCGAAACUAAAUUCCGUGAAGGAGACAUUGGACGGAAGCAGUUUUUCCGGGAGGUCAACAAGGACUACUACGAUGGUUCAGCGACCGCCGACGAAAAGCGAACCCCAAAGCCACCUAAUUUGCUGUUGAAUCUUGGCUCUCCUGGUCGAAAGGUCCGUGUAAUGGCGGCAAUGAUACAAGCGUGCCUUUUGCAAUCGGGGUUUCUAAUCCUUCUGGUGCUUCUGAAAUUCGACAGUGAACUGAAUGAGAGGUUUGUCCGCAUCCCACUCUACAGUUUUAUUACGGCCCUAAGUGGAACCAUAACCUUAACAUUGGCGCUCAUUCUUUGCGCAUCUCAACUUGACCGUACUACAGUACGAAGAGGGACCGCUGAAAAUAACAGUAGCAAUUCCCUUGGCUCUUAUAUCAUCACUAAGGAGGUAAAUAAUGAGAUCAUUGAAUCGCAUCUCAGCUCAGGUUACAAUCGAGGGAUACCUGACCGCACAAGAUCGCUCUUGAGCUAUGUUAUUCUACUCGGUGUGGCCCUUGGAUAUAUCGCCCAGGUUGUUGGGCUAGCCUCGAUGCGGUAUCCCGCACAAAUCGCCUUGUUUGGGAUCACAAUAGUUAUGACAUUAACAAGGGCAUUUCUUCGUCAAGCUCCGCACCCCUUGGUUUCCAUAAAAUGCCCCCGUCUCUUCGAGAUGGAUUGGCUCGCCCUAGCACAUGUCCUUGACGAUAAGCUGCUCUGGGGUCGUAAGAAAGUAGAGAGAGCACCGGUAUGGUCUAUCAGCGGUGGAAGAACGUGGAGAUACUGCCCUGAAAAGCCUGAGGUGCAACGCAAAGGUCAGAAGUCUAUGAAUCUCCUCCAUCUACGGACAGAACUGUACCGUUCCUGUGGGUGGAAUUGCCCGGCCACAGAGAUGACGUCGGCAUUAUGCGAGGCUAUAGAGACCGUUGCUCAGAGAUACUUACGACCGGAAAACAAGGACUUUACUUGGUACCUAGCAGCCGACCUUGGUGGUAACGACGAGGACGACGUGUCGUUUACAAUCAACCGAGAGGAACGCCACUCCAAGAAUUGGUCGUUGGACAGGGAUCAAAUACUAUCAGCAUUAUCAUUAUGGCUAUUAUAUGACCAGCAGAUUGGCCAGCCUUCUGAACAUGCAGAAGAGAGUUUACGACUUCUGGGCCCCAGUGAUAUCAAGGAAGACUUGAAAAAAUUGUCUUUGACACUGAGAAAGCUUCGCUAUGUCAAAGAAACUUCUUAUCUCUCAGACAGAGAUAGUAUCACUGAAAGAAACAGUACAUUCUGGACAAGAAAGUUUCGGAGGAACAGAAUUGUCGGCUUCAAUGAAAGCCUCCGACUAGGGCUACCGAGCCUUGACAAUGGACCAGCGAGAGAAAGUAUUCGAGGAGGGCCUGGGAGUCAGCAGUAUAAGCUUAGCCUUCAAAUAACUGAUGAUGCAAACGAAAAGAAUUGCGCACCUGCCGUACUUUCAAGAGUCAGUCUUGCUCAACUGUAUGCCCAGCAUAUUUUCUCGGGGUUUAUGUGGGCUCUUUCAGAAAACAUGAGUGUAACGCCUAAGCUGGAUGAUGUGCAAAAGACUGCGAAUGAUGUGGUUUUGAACGGGCUUUGUGACUAUGAAGAUGCUCUCCUAGGUAUUUUACCACCACUGCUCUGGAAUAAGAGGCUAAAGUCGGACCCCCCUACAAUCACCACAAUCCUGCGCCAGCAAUUUCCAUAG